AUGCUGAGAUUAGCCUCGUCCAUGCCUGGUACGGGUCGACGCAAGUACGCAUGCGCGUUAUCGCCAUUUUCUGAUGGAAGUCGGACGGACAGGAAUGGGUUGUUUACCAAGGGCCUCGCGACUGUGCGCCUCCGAACCUGCUGCCUUUUGAGCGGAUCGGCCAUGUUCAGCAAAAAAGCUCACGGAGACGUCAAGAAAUCGUCGCAGAAGCUCCUGGACUCGAAGAAGGAUGCGGUCACACGGCUAAAACACCUCCGAGUUGUGCUCGAUAAUUUGGAGCAAUUGGAAGCACGCAGCUUCUUUGAACAGUACUACUCUCACAUCUUCUAUGUAUUCUACGAGAACUUCAUCUCGGUGGAGGCUAGCCUCAAGCAGAGGGUGCACAAGGCCCAACGCGAGGAGCUGGACGGCAUCGUGGCAAUAUUUGAGAAAAUUCUCCUUUACGUUCCUGAUUUAGUCCAUGCAAGAUGGCAGUACCAAAGCAUUGGACGAGUCUUGAAGAAAUUACUACAUGUUGGCAAUUGUCUGAAGAUCCGAAUGGAUGGCUUACGGCUGUUCCUGCUGUGGUUCAUGGCACUUCAAGAGAACUCGACAGAGGAGGCCUAUCUGAUCUAUGCUACCCUCAUUCAUGGCUUCCCAACGCCGCCUUCCAUACAAGGCACCCCCCUGGAGUCCAUCAUGACCCAUACUAUACGGCCGCCAGUCAAUUCAGACUACCAAGUUCAGGACGUGGAGAUCUUGCCCAUCAUUCCUUGCCAGCCAGGAGACAAGGUACCAGACAAUCUGAACAGACUCAUGCUGGAGGCUGUACUCCACUUCAGUGUCUCACAGCUCAUGAAGAUGCAUUGGAAGGAGCAGCGGAGGCACGAGGAGAGCUUCAUCUUUCUCCUGGACAACUUCCGCCAGUAUUACCUGCCCCACAUCUUCCCUGGAUUCUCCUUUGACACCAGCCUCUAUAAACCAAACCUCGAGAUUCCCGGCUCAAGAUUCACAUCAAGCUCCAUUCUCAGCACUACCUUUGGCAGUUACGAUCCCAUGUUGUUGUGCAGAGUCAGCGUGGUACAAUGGGUGGUGUCCUUCAUUACAGUCAAGAAGGCAGACAAUAGUACCAUCAGUGCCUUGCAAGAAGAAAAGCAGGAGAGUCAGAAGGACUCGUUGGAGCGCAAGCUGGACGCCUCCUUGAUCAAGGACGGGGAGACGCCCACCGUCAGUCCCAGCACCACCCUCAACAACAAGGAGCAGAACUCCCUGCUGGGGGCCGGCGGCAGCGUCGUGGGCCUGGUGCCCACCGCGCUGUCCCCGGAAGAAGAGGAACUGCUGGAGAUUUCCAGGCAGAUUGUGCAGAAGGUCUUCUACUCCUCGCGGGGGAAUAUCAACUUUGUGCACGAGGUGCUGAGGCAGGGAUUCCUCCUACCCAUGUCUGAGGCUGGAGCGGUCAGGAAAGCACUCAGGAUAUACAAUGACUGGAUCCAGGCCCAGCUUACUGCCAAACCCAUAUUCAUGGAGGAGCCCUCCCCCAAGGUAACGGUAGCCGUGGUGCCCGCGUCAUCACCGCUGGGCGCUAGUGAGGGAGUGAACGAGGUGGACAGUCCGUCCUACGAACAAAUCCGAUCCUUUGAGGACGCCUCGCCGCAGCCUGAAGCGUGUCAACCCCUGCUCCCUUCACCUACGACGUUAAAGAGCCAGGGCAGCCGGUCCUAUCUAGGUGCCAUUAACGAGGCCAUCAAGGAAGGCCUUAAGAACUGCAACGUUGAGGCGGGCCUGCAGGCCACCAUCCAGGUCUUCAUCACCAACUCGGCCAAUGUGUUCCUGCUGGAACCGGUGCCCAACAGCCAGCAGCAGGCCAUCAAGGAUCAGGUGGAGAUAUGCAAGCGAGUCUUGAAGCUGUACAGGCACGUCGUCAUGAACGUCUCCAUGGAAACCAGAACGUGGGAGCAGCUCCUGAUGGUGUUACUGCGCGUGACGGAAGGCGUGUUGGGCGGGGCGCCCUCACGGUCGCGACUCAGUCUCGGCCAGCAACUAGCGCAGAUCCUGUUCCAGACGCUGAUUGUGUCCUGGAUCAAAGCCAAUCUGAAGAUCCGCGUCUCCAAAGACUUGUGGGAUAGGUUCCUGAAUGUCCUGUCGUCGCUGACCCACUGGGCCGAGUUGAUCACAGAGUGGUCGAAAACUAUGGAAACCCUGACCCGGGUCCUCUCCAAGCGCGUCUACAACAUCGACCUCAACAACCUACCCCUGGAAAACCUCCAGGACAACCGCAACAAGCGGCUGCGCGGGCCUCGAGGGGGCGCCCUUCAGGCCGACAGCCGGGACAGCAAGAAGCACGAUCGGACCUUCUCCCGCGGCUGGAGCCGGUGCGACUCCAACUCUCCCAUGGGCUCGGACGAGACGGACGGCAGCAAGCAUCGGGAGAGGAUCAGCACGGUGGGCAGCCGGGACGACCUGGACCGUCUCCGGCACAAGAUGCCUUACAUGAGGGAGGUCUCCUCCAAGGAAGAAGCCACCACCGUUCUUGCCAGCCUUAAGAAUUUGCCUCUGAGCACGAGCACCUCUCACCCAUCGCUACACCACCAGCAGCCUCUACAGAUCUUAUCGAUGGAUGAUGCCAUGGGUAGCCUGACAAGGAGUAGUAGUGAAGGCAAAAUAAGUGACGGAACUCAUCGGUUUCAAGUUUCAAGACAAACCUCUGAGCCGGAGUCCCAGCCAGUCACGGGGCCAGAACUCAGAAACUCCCUGAUCGAGAAGGCGGGAUCGCUCCCGGAGGAAUACGACGUGAUGGAAGUGAAGUCCAUGACGGACGAAAACGACGUGUUGGAGUUCAAGACCCUGUCGGAGGACAAAGUCUCCCUGGAGGAUAAGAUCUCAUUGGAGGACAAAUCGUCAAAGCAAGACGGGACGGAGCUCAAGACGCCAUCUGAGGAUACCUCCCUGGAAGACAAGAUCUCGUUGGAGGAGAAAAUGAGUAAACACGACGAGUACAGAUAUGAAGAUACCAAGAUGGGGGAGUACCAGUUAACCUACGUGCAGACAGACACUGUCAGUAUUGAUAGCUCCGAGAUUGCCACGCCGGACACCACCCACACGAUACUGGACAACAAUCGCCUGACCCCAACCAGCCUGACGGACAUGAUCGCUUCUGAACUCGGCCAGUCGCUGUCCAGCACCCCGUCACCGGGGAUGGUCAUCAACGGCGAGCUGGCGGCCGGCGUCAAGGGAUCGCCGAUCUACGAGCCAAUCCGAUUGGAGGAGCAGGAUAAGCUGGAUGAAGCCAUGUUUGAGAGUGCAGAGUGUGUCCAGAGCCCCGAUGCCAGCGUCAUGUCUGGAGGGACCCGGCCUGGCUGGCAGCCUGAUGUUGCCUUUGUGUUGUGGAGACGUAUCCUGGGAGCGCUGGGUGACGUCAACGAUAUUCAGAUUGCCAGGCUACACGCUGUGGUCAUGGAGUGUCUCUGGAGCACCUGGCAGCUGCUGGCAAAGAUCCGGGACAAUCUUGGCGUGAGUUCAGACAACCAGAACACUCCUCCACCGCCUGAAUACAUUCCACCUCUCAGGAUUCUCUCACCUUGGCUCUUCAAGGCCGUGCAUUUAUCCGAGCGUUAUCAGCAAGGUAGACUGUCGGCCUACAAACUCUUAUGUGCAAUGACGACAAGGAAACAAGACCACCCGCUACCCAGAGAGCAUCUGACUCACUUCUAUAGGGUGCUGCACUAUGGCCUGGUUGGCAUGGAUCAUGAGGUGAUCAACACCAUCAUUCAGUACAGUGCUCCAGACUUUUUCUCCUGUGGCCUUCCUGGAUCAACGUUGCUCAUCUUAGAUUACAUCCAAGCUGCCAAUAUGAUCGCAUCCCACCAUAAUCUAGACGCACCAAGGAUAGAAGCGUUGUCGCUGCUAGGAUCCUUGGUGUGCUUUCCUAAUCUCUUCUGCAAUAUCACCGUGCUACAACCGUCACCCAAAGAUAUCAACACAAUGCAAUGCAAGGAUGUCAAGGACCACUUGAUCAAAGCGUUGAUCAAGUGUAGUCGUAAGGAGCCGAUGUGUGAAGCUCGCUGCAUCGCUCUGUGCAGUCUGGGUAUCUUCCUGUAUGAAGAGAUGGCCCAUGUCACCUUCCAUCCAAGGACCAGGGAAGCAAUCAGUGUACUUCUUGCCAGUCUCAAGUUCAACAAUCGGAUAGUUGCCCAGGUUGCAUGUGAUAUGCUGUUGCUUCUCGCUGACCACGCCGACAUGCUGAGGAGCCACAACAAUGAAGCACCCAAAAAGAUCAUUGAAGUGAUAGCAAUGACCAUAACCAGUUUACUGUCCAACGCCGAGUUUGCCGAGAAUGAAGACAACAAGAAGCUGGUGGUCUCCAUGUUGUUCUGCCUUCUGGAGUGGUGCAUGGCAGUGCCCCUGACUGCCCUCCUGGAGGUCAGUGAAGGAAGAACCAAGAAAGAUGCCAAGAUUCUACUGGAAACAGUCUUUAAGGUUCUUCAAAAUGCCUCGGAGGGUGUCUCAACUAACCAGAGGACCAGCGUCAAUUUCUCGGAGCUGGCCUCGUCUGACUACGACCCCCACAUCAAUCUGGACACAGUGAGAGACGGACAGUCAUUUGGAGGCAAGAGCCCCUCCCAGUCCGAGCAACUGGACCAGGUCUUUGAGGACGCUGAAAUGCAUGCUGUUCAGUUCAGUGUGCCCUCAUCCAAAGUUGUCAGGCUGGCUGCAAAGACGGUCAUGUGUCAUCUGGUCAACCAUCUGAACCACUUCCCUCUUGGGGGCGGUCCCGCCCUAGUCACCUCCCUCGUCAAUGAACUCGAUGACCUAUCAUUCAACGGUGACCCCGACGCAACCUCAUCGGCGCUCUUCAGCUCGCCCAAUGUGCAGUUCUUCAUCUUCAAUGACUCGUCCCUUAUAUCAUUUGUGCAGCUGUCUGACAAGGAACCCAGUCCUGACUUGAGCGGUAGCCUGACCACGGCUGAUUCCCACGCCCGCAUUGUUGUCCGUAACGUCGGAGGCAAGUUUGUCUGGGACACCAGCAUACUGUAUGGGCCGGGAGAGAGCAGAGUACACACACUCCCAGAACCUCAACGCAGACCUAGCCUGAACAGUAGCGUAUUUCAGUAUGCCUCCUCCCCAAAGAGCAAGGCUCCCGUCUACAGAAUACUCAAUAAGUCUGUCACCAGGCUACCAUCCUGGAUCGAUGUGGAUGACUCCUUGGAUAUCUUGGAUGAGCUCCAGCAGUUCAUAGGUUUCACCAGCCCCGAGUGCCUGCUGAAGCCUGGCGUGCCUCUCAAUCUAGUCUCCCCGGCUCCCGAGGAGAUCCCUCAGGAGCUGGAGAACAGCGCCAUCGCCUCCUUGAAGAAACAGAACAGCAGUGAGGAGACUUAUGUCAAUCAGCAUGGAGAGGAGUACAGUAUGGUGACAGAGCCACUGAUCCAGACUCCACACCAAGAGCCUACCUCACCGUUCCAUAUGUGUCGUCAGUUACUAGACCAGCUGGGAGUCAUGACGUGGGAUAAGAGGUCUCAAGUUAACGUGGUAAAAAAGAAUGAUCGUUUGUUGAGAGAACUCAAGAAUCUGGAUUCAAGGCAGUGUCGAGAGACACACAAGAUAGCUGUUCUUUACGUUGCGGAAGGCCAGGAAGAUAAGAUGUCGGUGUUAGGCAAUGAUCAAGGAAGCCAAGCAUUUGAAAACUUCAUCGCUGGACUAGCAUGGGAGGUUGACCUUUCAACUCACCAAGGCUUCCUAGGGGGUCUACAGCGCAAUAAGAGCACCGGGGAGACGGCGCCGUACUACGCGACCUCCACUGUGGAGGUCAUCUUUCAUGUCUCCACCAGAAUGCCGUCUGAAAACAACCUCCUGCAUAAGAUGCGUCACCUUGGCAACGACGAGGUUCACAUCGUCUGGUCUGAGCAUACCAGAGACUACAGACGGGGGAUUAUCGCUACCGAGUUUGGUGAUGUCAUCAUCGUCAUCUACCCCCUGGAGAAUCAGCUCUUCAGGAUACAGAUCCAGAGAAAACCAGAGGUUCCGUUUUUCGGACCCCUGUUUGACGGUGCAAUCGUAGACCACAAAGUCUUGCCAGGUCUUGUGAGGGCGACGGCCAUCAACGCAAGCCGCAUCAAGAGAUCUCAACUGCCUCUCUAUCAACGAUAG